AGUCACCUGGGAGAGGUUUCAGCAGUACGGAAAACGGAUGGAUGGCUGUCAAGGACUGAUCGAGACAAGAAACGAGCGCUGCGGCACAAGAGUUUCCUUGCGUCUCCUUGCCCACUCGCACUCCAACUUCAAGUUGGAACUUCUUCCUUGGGCAACUUUUACCGCUCGUAACUAUGGCCGACAAGGUGGAGGACGUCAAAGCGUGCCAUGACGGCGAGGACCCGCUGGCCAACGGCUCGUCCCGCAGCGACGGCGGCUCGGCGGAGCCUCUCUCCCGGCGUGUGAUGCGGAUCGUGGAGGCCAACCUUCUGGUGAUCCUCACCGUAGCGGGCGUCAUCAUCGGCGUCUUCAUCGGGCUCGGCGUGCGUAACGUGGAGCUGUCCCGCACCCAAGUCAUCUACAUCGGCUUCCCCGGCGAGUUGCUCAUCCGCCUGCUCAAGAUGAUCAUCAUCCCCUUGGUGGUGUGCAGUCUGGUGACCGGGGCGGCCAGUAUCGACCCCAAAGCCCUGGGCAAGCUGGGCGGAUGGGCCAUGCUCUUCUUCCUGGUGACCACGUUGAUCGCCUCGGCCAUCGGGGUGGUGAUGGCCUUCAUCAUCAAACCGGGCUCGGUGACGCUGACCAAACCUCAAGUGGCGGGUUUCGAUGACGGCGUGCCCGAACCCAAAGAGGUCAUCGACUCCUUUUUAGACUUGAUCAGAAACAUCUUUCCCUCCAACUUGGUGUCUGCUGCCUUUCAGUCUUACGCAACAAGCUAUAAGCUGGUGAGCACAAAUGGCACAAAUGGAGUCCCCAACAUCACAGUGGAGAAGGUUCCCUUUGGAACCGACCAGGAUGGGAUGAAUAUUCUGGGCCUGGUGGUGUUCGCCAUCGUAUUCGGUGUGGCCUUGAGGAAGUUGGGGGAGGAAGGCGAGAUCUUGAUUAAGUUCUUCAACUCCUUCAAUGAAGCCACCAUGGUGUUGGUGUCUUGGAUUAUGUGGUAUGCCCCCUUUGGUAUUAUGUUCCUUGUUGCUGGAAAGAUUGUUGAGAUGGAGGACGUCGGCACGCUUUUCGCAAGCCUGGGAAAAUACAUAGCGUGCUGCAUUGUUGGGCACGCCAUCCACGGCCUCAUUGUGCUGCCUGCCAUCUACUUGAUCAUCACGAGGAAGAACCCGUACGCCUUCCUGUGGGGAAUAUUCACAGCUCUGGCCACAGCCUUUGGAACGGCCUCCAGCUCUGCCACGCUCCCCCUGAUGAUGAAGUGCGUGGAGGAAAAUAACGGCAUCUCCAAGCAAAUCAGCCGCUUCAUCCUUCCCAUUGGUGCCACGGUCAACAUGGAUGGAGCCGCGUGCUUUCAGUGCGUGGCUGCCGUUUUCAUCGCUCAGCUGAACGACUAUUCCCUCAACUUCAUCCAAAUCAUUACCAUCCUCGUGACUGCCACGGCUUCAAGUGUUGGUGCAGCAGGAAUACCCGCUGGUGGGGUGUUGACCCUCGCUAUCAUCCUGGAAGCAGUCAGUUUGCCCACCAACGAUAUCUCCCUCAUCUUGGCAGUUGACUGGCUGGUUGACCGUACAUGCACAGUACUGAACGUUGAGGGCGACGCCUUCGGAGCAGGACUCCUGCAGUUCUUCGUAGACCGCACAUCCAAACGAGAGGAAGGAGCGGAGCUGGGCGAGGUCAUACCCGUCACACCUGCCCCCGAAGACUCACCGCUCAUUGAGAUAAAAAGUGACGGACAGAGGGUCAACAACAAAAAUUCACACCGGGAUAAAGAAUCUGUCAUGUAAGCCAGUUGUGGACCUCACAUUUGAGCUAGUUAAAACAUUACCAUGGAAUCUGCAAGCAGACACUCUGGACCUCUCUCUUUCUCUUGCUACAUCCAAAAAUGGUUUGAGAAGCGAGGAUGUACUUGAUGCAGCACAACAACUGUUAAAAGUUUUUUUAUUUUUAAUAUUGUAGCAUUUGCUAUAUCAAAAUCCAUUCGUCAGUAUGAUUCAUAUAAAUAUGUGAAUGUAGAAGCUCAAUGAUUGCCUAAAAGAUAUGUUUCAAACUAUAGUAAUUUAUUGGAGGUCAAGUAGGAGUAGGUGCCUAUUUUGCGUAUGUACUCUACUUUGCUGUUGGUCACUGGCCCUGUACGAGAUAAACGGUGAUUGUCAUAAAUUUUUAAUUGAUACUAACAGAAAGGUUGAUGGCAAUUGAGCAUUGGGAAACUGCUUGUUUGUUUGCCAAACGUUUUCAUCUCGAACUGGUGCCUUUCAAAACUAUUCAAUGUUUUGUGUAUAUCGUCGGUGCUUUGGUGGUUAUGUGGUCUGCAAUACAGAUUUUCCCCAUGUUUCACUCAUAACAUUGGGAAUAUCUGUCCCUUGGAGUGAGUUUGCAGAUUUUAGCCUCACUAAACACCCCCAUGUGUACAGUGCUAAACUAGCAUCAGCACUGCAUACCAGUCAACCUUAGCUAACCACGACUGCUACAUUGGAAGAAACUUAUUUGUAAUAGUGUUCCUAUAACACUAGUUUUAUGGGUUUGAAUUUUUACUUUUUUGGAAUGUAUAAUUAAAAACAAAUAAGGUGAUAAAUUUACAGUGCUAAGCUAGCAUUAACACUGGAAAACAGCCAACAAUACCUAGCCACAGCUGCUACGUUGGUAGGAGGAAUUUAUAUUGUUACUAUAACACGAAAUUUUGUUUUGACAUUUUCUUUUUUUGUCAAUUAAAAAUGAAAUGGACGUGAUAAAGGUACCUCCCUGUGGAGCAGACAUGUUGCUCAUUCUGCGUCACUUCUGAAUUCUCUCAGCUGCACGAGAGCCUUUGCUGCUUCUCUUCGCUGAUAUUAUGCCCAGCAAACGAGUGUUUUUCAGAGGUUGAUAUUCCAAAAUGUUCCAGAAAAGCUGCGGAACCCCAAGCUACCAGGGCAGUGGGAGGCUGGGGAGUGUGAGUGACCAGCCGUUAUUCCUCCUAAAAAAAAAAAAAUAUCCUGCAAGCUCCCCUUUAAUGGUUGACAUUUGCCUCGUUGGAAUGGUGGAUAGAUUGUUUUAAUAGGAUGGGGAGAUUUCUGAAUGUACUGAACUCUUUUUUUCAUGCAAUACUGGAGGUCUCUGUGGACAUAGGCCAUAGUCCACGUCACGUUAAAAUCAAGUUUUAAAACGAGAAAAGAGUGUCUUAGCUUACUUACUGCAUACCCCAACAAGGAUAUUCAUUGAUAAUUGCAAGUCUCGUUCCCCAAACCAGAUGUCUGUCAUAGUACCAAGACAAACCAGUGGGUGGCAGCACGGUGCAACAGGGCAUCCAGAUCGAUAAUAAAAAUACAAAAAAGAAGCUGGGCUAAUUCUUAAAGCGAACUUCAGGUCACUUUCUAAUUGGCGGUCGUUCUGUUUCACUUGACAACUAAGGAUUAUGUGGCCCUACAAUCUUUGUGUUAACCACACACAGAAACAAUUGUAUUUUUAAAUUGACCAUUGUCUGUCCCCUUUUCUGAGGAAAAAAACCCCACUCAAAACAUACCCCCACACCACAAGAAAAUCGCUCAGGGUAAUAUCCGUUAAUCAGGCCCUUGCUGACAUUGAUCGGAAGGUAAAAAUGAUUACAUUUGGCCCGAUUAUCGGUAUGUGGGCACUGCUCAAAAUGAGUAAGAGUGAAUCAACAGCACCCCUGUUGGAAUAGCACACUACAUUUUUUUCUCGAUGGAGUCACUGCGAUGUAUGCCUCAGUUUUGGUUUUCUGCCCUUACGUUUCCUCAUGGACAACAAAAGGGAACAAUAACUAACACUAUUUGUAUAUGUGCUAAUGUACCAAAGCCAAAAAUGCAGAUUUUUUUGUUUCUCCUUAAGAGCAAAAAUCCCAUUGACCCCAUAGGGGAGAUUUGGUUUGUUUAUUUUUGUAACCCAAAUGAAUGCAUUUGCUUUGUUUAUUGAGUUUUUUUUAGCCCAAAGAAAGCACAAAUGCUUGGCGAUCCAACAAGCAGUGUUGUAACUACCGGCACACGUCCGACAUGCACCGACUCACGACAUAUCCAGUGAGUGUGAAAGGCUAAACAGUAAGGUUUUUGUGCGACGUUAUCUUUAAUCACAUAUGCAGAGACUUGUCAUAUAUGUAUGUGUAUUAUGUUCUCUUGUCAAGGACCCAUGUGGUGCUUCCACUUGGUUGCAGGUCUUUGAUCCCUCCAUUUUGUGGUCUAAAAUACAAACAACUUUCUGUGGUUAUCUUUUAAAAUUGGAGAUGUCACGCUAAUAACCAAAUAAACUCCCAGAUUUCCAUCUGUUAACUAUGUUAUAUUUAAGACUGUAAAACGUUGGUACGAAUGUGUACACUGGUUGCCGUAAACAAUAGGAUAUUACGCUGUGUAUUUUAAGUCUUCAGUUUUAAGCAAAUGUUUUUUCAUAAUUUAGUAAUGUUGUGAACCAUCAUUUUUACAGGGGCUGUUUAUCUGUAAGUUUGUUCAUCCAUUUUGGAAAAGCCCCCAGAGGUAUUCUUGCCGAGUCUUAUAUUGUCAGAAGCACUCUGCUAAAUGGGAAACUGUCCGAACACUGCUGUUUAUACAUUGGGCAAUGAUAGGAAUGGGAUCAGAUAUAUACAGUGUGCUGCAUAGACAGGUGCAAAGCUACUUAAUGGAAUUAGGACGCUUCCCUCAAUGGCCUGACACGUGUGCUACUUGGCAGUGUCAAAAUACUACACUAAACUAUACCAUAUCCAGUUCUUCCAUAGUUCACUACUCCAUACUAGUUUUGAGUCCAGAAGGAAAAGGCCCAAUCAUAGAUGUAUUGCGUCACCUAGUGUUCAGCAAGUUGAACCACCAUCAUACAGUACAGUAGAUUAUUUAUUUAUAAUGAUGGAGUUCUCACAACCACAAUAUGCGAUCAUUGCCAAGUAUGGUGUGCUUAAUUUCCCCAUACAAGCGCUCCAAACUCCCAAACAAUAUCAAAGACAUCUAAGUUCACCUCGUGGAAGCCCAACAAUACACUAACAUACAUUCAAGUGUGCAACAAUUGUAUGCUUAACAAAAUCAGUGUAAAACAACGCAACAGGGCAGAAUAAAUUCACAAAACCAUAAAUACUGUACAGUAGUCAAAUCCAUCUGGUGAUAAUGUACACAGUAAUUUUUACACUUGUGCAGUACAAUGUACACAUUUAGAACACAUAUUGCAAACAAUGUAUCAUUAAGUAUGGAGAUUUGUCUGCUUUUGGUCACCUAUGGAAUCGUGGCCAAAGGUAAAAAAAAAAAAAGGACCAAACGUGCCACUAUCACACUAUAUAUACAAAGGUAUUAGGUGUCAAGUGGGCUGAAGCCUAAUGCAAAUAUACUCUCACAAUUUGGCCCGGUCCAGUCUUUUCUUGGCAGGGUUGGGGUACUGAGGGUUCUCAACAACCCCCUCUCCGAAUUUGAGCUCCAAGAAGGCGCGGUGGUUAUUCGGGCCAUAGGCAUUGAUGCCAGCGAAGAGCAUGGGCAUGAGCGGCUGCAGAAAGUGCUCGGGAAACUCCACGUCCUGCUUGUGCUCGGUCCAUGUGUCUUUAGUCAUGAUGCCGUUGCGGGGGUAGAACGGCCACAGGUCCACGUGCAGGUGGUUGGCCUCGCUGUACUGCACCCUGUAGAAGUCGCCCUCCACCGCGCGUUCCCACACAUAGCCGUUGGCAUCUACCAGCGAGCCCGAGUCCAGGUUCUUCAAGUGAUCACAGUUGGGUACGUCCUCCAGGUAGAUUCCCAGGUCCACGUCAUAAUCCCACGGGAUGAUGUCUUGGUGGCGGACGGCGCCGAGCAAUGUCCCGCCUUCGAGCCAAUAGCGCACCCCGUAGCUCUCUAGGAUGUUAAUGACAUAUUUGGUGGUUUCUCGGAGUGCGCGCAGACAACACGGUGGCGUCCAGCGAUCCAGAUAGAGGUAGUCCGGCGUGUUGUCCUGCACCGUGCCGAAGCAGCGAGGUGUCUCCUUGCUACAGCCGUGCCACUGCUCCUUCCCAUCCGGCAGCAGGAUACGCUUCAGACCGAAGCUCUUCAUCAGCUUCCCCGUGGACUCCUUCAGGCGAGUGUCCGCCUUCCACUGGUUGUGAGCUGAGCUGAAGAGGGGACGG